UUUUUGUUGUGUAAUUUCCAGCAGUUUACGAACAAGUUGAAAAGUAAAAGUUUCACUGAUUCAAUGAAAGAGAAUGGUAUUACAAAGUUUCUUGUGUCAUUCAGUGGUCAGAUAGAAUACGUUGUAUUCCCGGCGGGAGUUUUUGACGAGCAAUUGUACGUGCAUUAUGAAGUGGUUUGGGGACCCGAUUGGGACCCGGUUUCGGGGCUGGCUAGUGGAACAAGUCAGAUGGCUUGCCCUGGAAGCGAUCCUGAGAAGGUAGUCUUCAACAUGCCGAUUGAAUUAGUCUUCAGCAGCACGAAUGUAUUUGGUUGGCCACAGCUAGUCAUCACAGUUAGGGCGCAGAACGCGAUUAGCGGGGACUCCCUCCACGGGUACGCUUUGGUCCUGAUGCCACCGACCGCCGGCGCCAGGGCUACCACAGCGCCACUGCUUCGCCCGCGCGCCGCCACUGUGUUGGGCGAGUGGCUAUCGUGGAUGACGGGGCGGCGCCCUGAGCUGACUGACCCGAAGAUGUUGGCGGGAGGAAAGGAGAACUAUUUGCUGCGCACAGAAUCCUAUGGCAGUGUGGUCGUGGCUCUCUCAAUGGUUUCCAAGGACCUGCGGAAACUCGGCUACGACAACCAACCGGUGUGCACUGCAAUUAAAGAUACAUAACGAAGAUAAUUAUAAUGUAAAAAAAUAGUAGCCAUCAGCCACCAUGAUGGAAGUAUAGGCCUCUGUUAGUGCGCUAAUAAUUACUACUUAAAUUGGCAUAUUACUUAAGAAACUCUUUUUAUUCUAGGCGCAGACCACCGACUUUUAGUUGGCCGAUAGUUGGGUCGGGCUGUUAAUCAGUAUGGAGAUGUAUGAAAGUGCGCACAUUACACCGAUUAAAUAAAAUAUCCUUGGACAUUUUUACACUGCGCCGCUAUCGCGCUGGUCCCAAACUGAGCAAAGCUUGUACUAUGGGUACUAGACAACGGAUAUAAACAUACUUAAAUACUUUUUUUUUGUAAAUACAUACUUAUUAUACCAGGCCUGUUCAUCUCCGCAAGUUUACAUCGAAAACAAAACACGCACGAUAGCCCCCUACAGGAGUACUAUUCGACAAGGUCUCACAUACGAGCGAACAUUGACUUACGCACGCGUAUUCUUGUGUAUGAUGGAAAAAAUAAAGAUAAUGGUGUACUACUUAAAUACUGUGCAGUAUUUAACUGCCUAAAUAAUAAUAAAAACACAGAAUGUACUUUUUUAAGUUGCCUGAAGACACUGAGAGGUAAAUAAGUAGUUAAUAUUAUUCAUGAUAAUUCAUGCUAAAUCAUGUAUUUCCUCCGCCAUUUUCUGCAAUUUGGCACCUCACGUCACAUCAUUUUACCGAAGUCAGCCCUAUAGCUUCGGCGCAGUACCGAUCCAUACCGAUCAGUGACGUUUGUCAACAAAAUGGUGCUUGACUCUUGAGACAAGCUAAAUUACCCCAUAUUGUUAAUGACAUUGAGCAUAAUUUUUUUUAAAUACCUUCGCGAAGUAAAACUUCUGUACGUAGUACUUAUUAUUAUUCUGUGAUUAUACAUAGAAAACACCCAGACCCGUCACAGAAAUGAAAAUUCAUCAUUUCAAUUUCUGCCCGGCCGGGAAUCGAACCCGGGACCUCUCGGCAUAGUAGUUUGUCCUGGACCACUACACCAAACGGGCGACGAUGAUUGAUUGAUACAAAUUGAAUCUGGCUCAACUAUCGGCCGACUAAAAGUCGGUGGUCUGCGCCUAGGCUUAUAGUCUAGUCAACUGAUGUCCAGCCCCGUAUGUAAUUGUGAACCUUUGCUGCUCUUCCCAAGGCGAGUUCGCGCACUCCUGGCACACAAUCAGGCGAAGUGAUAACAUUUAUCAACGAUAGCAGCCCGACGCGAAGUACCGUAUUUGUGGUGUCAAGCCCCAGAAGGGGGAGAAUUGACUAUGAGAAGGGACAUGGAUCAGAGAAAUUUGUAGGGAGUCAAGCAAAGCGCCCGGGGAAAAGAGCCCAGAGCAAGUACCCGCGCGCUCUCCCGAGAUUCGGUUCGUACGCCGUGAGGCAGGAAGAACCAUGGGUGGUGGUGGGUUGCUCUUCCCAAGGCAUGAUAUUCACUAUAGGUUCCGUGUUACGACGAUAACUGACGCUCUAAACUUAUUUCAAUCUAAAUCUUGUUUUAUCCCGUGAUUUGUCUGAAUAUUAAAAUGUAACUUAUCGAAAGCCUCAUCGAAUUGAAUUUUGAGCGUCGUUCUAAUACGAAGAACUCGUCAGUAACAAUACAAAAAACAAGACUCGCCUAUGGAGGUUGUGGUUUAUAACAAAAAGUUUCAUAAUGGGUAUAAUUCGUGGUUUCAAAGGCGAUUUAGUGCAAUAAUCGACCCUGCCCAUUUGAGAUUCGGUUUGGUUUAUGGACGAUAAGUUAUUAAAAAGUAAAUAUAACAUUAAUAAGGUAACAUUGACGAAGGUAUGUUUUGAAUACGAGUGCAAAAGGUGUCAGAAUAAAAUACCUAAAAAAUUAGUAUUUUUCAAAAUAAUAACGACUCCAUAUUUUAUUAUUCAGAAUUUUGGAUUCUGACGUUAAUAUAUUCAUUUUAAUGCAUAUAUUAUGCUAAAGGUAAAGUUAAGAUUGU